AGGGUUUCCGAGGAUCCCGGUAUAAAGCGCCCGUUGGUGCCCCCGUCUCGCCCGCCGCGCUCGUCCCGCCGUGAGUGACCUCGCCCUUCCCUCCUCUCCUUUUUUUUUUCCCCCCCUUCCCUCCCCUUUCCCCCUCCCUCCCAACCCUCCCCGCCGCGGCCGUUGCCUUCCUCCUGCUCCUCCACAUCAUCAUCUUCAUCAUCAUCCUCCUCUUCCUCCCCCCUCGCCGCACGGAGCAGGUCCCGGGUGUAGGGGGAGACCCGGGGGCAGAUUAAUCAGCCACUCGAUGGGGAUUAACAGUGGAGCUCCUCUUUGUGUCGCCUUUCCACCUCUCUGUAGCAAGAAUAACAACUUCAGCACUUCUUCAAUAAUAAUUAUGAAACUGGUAUUAACUGAAUGGCAAUUAUGGAUUUUUAACUCUAACUCACAGUAAACCAGCAAGCCAUAUGUUGAAAUUCCUACCAAAUAGCUUUUCAUUCUUAAUGUCUCAUAUCUAUACAAGAAGUUGCAAGAUACCUGUUUGUACAAGAGGAAUAUAAGCAUUACUUGCCAGAAGAGCAGAAGCUGAAAGAGAAGACACCCUAACUUGUUCUUGGAGUUAUGGUAGUAUUAUUUAUAUAGAUAUAACAAAUAUAUAUAUAUAUUUUUAUGGUAAUGAAAAUGGCUCCCCAGAAUGCUGACUCGGAAUCUAUGCAAGUUCAAGAUCUACCUGUGGCACAGCUCCAGAAACCAGAAAACAAGGAGAAUGAAAGCAGGGAGGAGACCAUUAGUGAAGGUUCCAUAGACCGGAUACCAAUACGCCUGUGGGUGAUGCAUGGUGCAGUAAUGUUUGGCAGGGAAUUCUGUUAUGCCAUGGAGACAGCUUUGGUAACACCUGUAUUGUUACAAAUUGGUCUUCCUGAACAAUACUACAGCCUCACUUGGUUCCUCAGCCCCAUCCUGGGCUUGAUCUUCACUCCACUGAUCGGCUCGGCGAGCGACCGCUGCACGCUGAGCUGGGGCCGCCGGCGGCCUUUUAUCCUUGCUCUCUGCAUUGGUGUCCUCUUUGGAGUUGCACUUUUCCUUAAUGGCUCUGCUAUAGGCCUGGCUAUUGGUGAUGUCCCAGACAAGCAGCCCAUUGGUAUAGUUCUCACAGUGCUUGGUGUUGUGGUCUUGGAUUUCUGUGCUGAUGCAACCGAAGGGCCGAUUCGAGCCUACUUGUUGGAUGUGGUGGACAGUGAAGAACAAGACAUGGCCCUUAAUAUCCAUGCAUUUUCAGCUGGUCUUGGAGGAGCAAUCGGUUACAUGUUGGGAGGGCUGGACUGGACACAGACCUUCUUGGGUGGUAUUUUUAAAUCUCAAGAGCAAGUCCUUUUUUUCUUCGCAGCCAUCAUUUUCUCUGUCUCAGUUGCUCUCCACCUUUUUAGCAUUGAAGAGGAACAAUAUAACCCUCAGCAGGACAGGAUUGAUAACGAAGAGGACACACUCUCCAGUGUCAAAUACAGUGGUAGUCUCCCCCCUCUUAAUCGACUGAAUGUAAUUAGCGAGGAAGAGCCCUAUGGAACCUCAAUAUUCCAUGAUGAGGUUCAGUCAGAACACGAUCUUAAUAUGGAGUUCCUUGAGGUGAACAUAGUGAGAAGUAAGAGUGACUCGGUCCUGCACAUGCCCGACGCGACGCUGGAAAUCGAGUCGGAGCUGCUUUUCCUGCAUGACAUCGAACCCUCCAUCUUUCAGGAUGCUUCUUACCCAAACACUCCUCACAACACAAGCCAAGAGAUCAUGAAGUCCAAACUCAACCACCUGUCUGCUUUCCUCAGGGACAAUGAGAAAGAGGAGGAAAUGCUGCUCGAUAAUCGUUUAAAUGAAGAUAAAGUCCCGAAUGUCAACGGCUCCCUACCAAAAGAGUUCCUCAACGGGCACACUAGGAUAGGCAUGAAGCAAUCCAGCACUUCAAACUCCAUGAGAAGGAGGAGGCACAUGUUCUACCGCCAGCCCUCCUACACCUUCUCCUACUAUGGCAAAAUUGGCUCCCACCGCUACCGCUUCCGCCGGGCCAACGCCAUCGUCCUCAUCAAGUCCUCGCGCAGCAUGAACGACAUCUACGACAUGCAGAAGAGGCAGAGACAGAGGUACAGGCACAGGAACCAGAGUGGGACAACAAAUUCCAGUGGGGACACGGAGAGUGAAGAGGGGGAAACCGAAACCACCGUCAGACUCUUGUGGCUGUCGAUGCUCAAGAUGCCAAAGGAGCUGCUGAGGCUGUGCGUCUGUCACCUCUUAACUUGGUUUUCAAUCAUUGCUGAAGCUGUCUUCUACACAGAUUUCAUGGGCCAGGUCAUCUUUCAGGGUGAUCCAAAGGCCCCUUCCAACUCAACUGAGUUACACGCCUAUAAUGCUGGAGUUCAGAUGGGAUGCUGGGGCCUGGUCAUUUAUGCUGCUACUGCUGCUGUUUGUUCAGCCUUGUUGCAGAAAUACUUGGACAACUAUGACCUUAGUAUAAAAGUGAUCUACAUCCUGGGCACGCUGGGUUUUUCCCUUGGCACUGCAGUGAUGGCAAUGUUCCCCAACGUGUAUGUCACCAUGAUAAUGAUCAGCACCAUGGGAAUAGUCUCUAUGAGUAUCUCCUACUGCCCCUAUGCACUUUUAGGACAAUACCAUGAUAUUAAACAGUACAUUCACCACAGCCCCGGGAACUCCAAGCGCGGGUUCGGCAUCGACUGCGCCAUCCUCUCCUGUCAGGUUUACAUCUCCCAGAUCCUGGUGGCCUCGGCGUUGGGUGGCGUGGUGGACGCGGUCGGCACUGUCAGAGUCAUUCCCAUGGUGGCUUCGGUGGGAUCCUUCCUGGGUUUUUUGACAGCUACCUUCUUGGUCAUCUACCCCGAGGUCAACGAAGAGCCAAAGGAAGAGCAGAAAGGACUCGGUCCUCCGGAGGCAGCCGAGGGCAGCGGCGCCGGCGCCGAGAAGCCGACGGUGCUGAAGCUGACGCGCAAAGGAGCCGCCGCGCCGGAGCUGGAGAAUGAAUCAGCUGUCUGAGACCAUCACUGGUUGUUCACCCACAUUCCAGGGAGGAACAGGUGCAGGAUCAAGAACUUUUUUGUUGUUUGUUUCGUUUUGUUUUGUUUCCAGGAAAACAAAUUAGGAUCUUCACUACUUGGAACUAAAAUGGCAGGAAAAAAAACAACAAACCAGCAGUUUUUGUGCAAAAGUUGUAAAUGAAAUUCUCUAGUCCUUAACUAAGUAGGUUUGGACAGGUAGCUAUGAUGCUAAUUGCUUUCUCUGCAACUUAGAAAUGUCAUUUCUGAACACUUUUUUUUUUUUAUUAAGAAUACAUUUAGCUUUUGAAUAAGUUUUAUUAAUCUGCAUGAGACACAGUGUAUACAAUUAGCAGUUAGAAAAAUUUGAGUUUUUGGCUGUUUUUAAACUAACUGAAAAUGGAAGCUAUCCUGACUUACAGUCUCUUGCUAUUAUUUUUUUUUUUGUCUGAACAUUUCAGAUGUCACUAGUGUAAUGGCUGUAUCAAAUACUUAGACAUCUUGAUCAAUUCUUUUCAUAAGCAUGAUGAUAUUGCUGACAGCUACAGUUCUUUCAAGUUAAUUGUAGGCUUCACGUUUUUGUUAGUGCAAUUACUACAGAAUAGAGUUUUAUUUGCAAAAUACUUUCAAGAAAAACAAAAGCAAUUCCUGCAGUUUCUGAGAAACUGCCUUGAAUCCUUUCAGUCAUACUGUUCAACAACCACUCCCAACUCUGCUGCAUGUCAGGAGAAAGCGACACGGGGUAACAGAAGGAGCAGCAGUUGGGAGAGGUGACCAGCACUGACAGGUUUGUUUGUUUGUUGUAAUUGUUUUUUAUUAUUAUUAUUAUUAUUUUUAUCACAAGUGCUGAAUUUUAUGAAUGUCGUUGGAAUACGCUGUGACAAUUCUUAGCUGAGAGUUUUGCGUGCUGGUGAGCUUGGGGUGGGGUUUCUUGGCAUUUAAAACCUGAUCAUCUCUGGAUGAAGCUGCCGUGGAGAAAAGGGUCUCUCUCUGGGGUCAGCUUCGUUGGGAGGGGGCAUGCAGAUUCUCUUUUGUAGGGAGAGGAAGUCGUUGAUUAAUUGCACUUUUCAUGAUCCUUUAACCUCCUGGCUGGGAAGGCAGCAGGCAAGGUAAAGGCACGAUGUCAGUACAAGGUAAACCCAAGGCCUACCUCCAUCACUUCAUGGCAUAGUCUGGAUGUACACAAAUCUUGUGUCAGAAAACAGUUUUCUUAGGCCUUAAAAAUUCAAUCCACUCACAUGUGUGUUGCUGUUCCAGUCCCUGUGCUGGAGAAAUUCUAGGCUAGAGCUCUUCCAAGCUGCUGUACCAGUGUUGUCAGCACAACCUCCACGCCCCCUUCCUUGAUUCAGGACAUAGCUGCAGUGCAAAGACAAUUUGUUUUUUAUUUUUUUUUUUUAUGAAGAGCUUGGAAGAGUUGUGCUCAUCUGAUUUAAAAUGGUGUUCAGCUUCCUAGCAGUGUGCCACGCUCCAGAGGCAGCCACAGCUCAGAGAUCCAGCUUUGAUCCAUUUCAAAGCAAUUUUAGAAACUGAAACUUUUCUGUCUUCUCCCAAGAAGGGUUUUGUGAUGCUAUUUACUCAUUUUGCUCAUGGACCUCGGGGCUGCAGUCAAUCCCUGCGCUGAACAAGCAACUCACAGCUCAGAGUAAGAGUUCUGCUGCCUCAGACUUCUCAUUCUACUUAAAAAUGCAUGUGUCAACCAUGCUGCAGUAUAGGCAUUCAAACAAGAAAUAUCUAUUUCAAGGUGAAAAGCCGUUUUUUAAAUAAAUUACUUGAAUUGUCAAUGUAUUUAAGAAAUGUGUGUUUUGGUAGGUUUGAAGUUAAUGUGCAGUCUUGGCCAGCAUCUUUGGCAAAGUCCUGGUGGCACACGUGGGUUUCUGAGCUGAAGGUUUUCAGCAGGUGCCAAUGUCCUGUCCUGUCCUGUCAGGGGGACAAAUGUUAUUUUUUAGGCUGGUGAGAUCACCAAGCACUAAAAUAAAUGUAAUCACACAGGACUCUAGGGGUGGGUUUUGGUUUUUUCCAGGUGUCUUUGAGGAAGUCUUUUCUUGUUGCUGUUUUUGGGUUUGUUCUUUUUUAAGGUGAAUGCUUUUUUUAUUUAGAACACAUACUGUGAACUGUGUUCAGGCAGGGGAGUCAUACUACUGAAGAACAUGAGACCUCAUCAAAGAAAUCAGUUGUGAGAAAUACUUUUAACUACACUUCUGCCCUGAAUUUUAUCAUCUCAAUUACAUUUAAUAUAUCCAGGUGAUGUUCAUGUGUAACAGAGAUGAGCUGUAUUUCACCCUAUAACUGGCAUUUGUUAUAAAAUACAUACUGAGUUAGAGAUUUUAAAGUGGCUUUAAUAUUUUUUAUUUUUUAAGGCUUCUGGAAGAUUCUGCUUUUGGUUAAACAAACACUGUCAAGUACUCCUAAUUUUAAUCUCUUGUUUUUGGAAGGGUUUUUCUACAGUUUAAAAGUCUGCUUUAGUUACCCUUUUCCCCAUGAGCCUCAUGGGUCAGUGUGGGUUCAAAUUGCUGCCUCCUUUGUAGGGCAAGACUUCUGUAACAGCACCAAGGAGUUGACCAGGGGGAGAGGGAGAAGUUGAAGCUCCCUCUCACUUCACACCCAGCAGAGGGAAUGCAAAAGCUUUUUGGAGGGUGAGCCCACUGAGCCCACACACAUUUAUUCAGCUUUUUCAGUGAGGAGAAGGGGUCAGGAGCACAGAAGGACAUUUUGAAUUCAGAAGGUUUCAAUCAAAGGCAGGGCUGGUCCCAGUUUGUCCCCAGCAUUCAGCAAAGCCUCAUUGCUAAGAAUGAGAUGUCAAAAUCCAUAUUUUGAGGUUGUUUAUGGGGCUGUUUAAUUACCCUUCCCAACAGAGGAGUACACACACUGCCUUGGAGCAGGAAGUGCUAUUUCACACCCCUGUAAAGCUGAAGGAAAUAAUUACCCAUUGUCAGCUCACUGAAGUAUUUGUAGUGUUGCCAGAAGAAUUAACUUGGGGGAACCCCUGCCAAAGUAUCUCCUCCUGUACCUUGGCCAGCCCCUGAAACCACCACUCUGGCUCCACUCUGCUGCUUCUGACACCUCCCAAGAUCUUUUUCUUUCCUAGCAAUGCUUUCUCUUGACUUCUGAGAGUUUUCUUUCUAACCCAGGCACUUCUCAGGGUAGGGUGGGCAAGGAUGUAUUUCUUUAUGUGUCCCUUACUUUUUACUACAGAAAUAAUUCUUUUUUUUUUGGGUCAUCAUUAAAAGGUAAAGUUAGUACCAUUGUAUGUGUUUAGUGCAGAAGUUGUGGGAAGAGAGAUUUGAAGGUUUGGGUUUUUUUUUUUCAAUUCCUGGUGACAAGAAGCAUCAUUUUUUAUUUGUCAGCAUUACUGUACAGCCACAUCCAUCCCAUCUGCUCCAUCUCUUUGGACCUUUACUGCAGCAGGCUUAAGGUUCAGUGGUUUCUUUCUCUGUUGCUCUAUACUGUAAACACUUGUGACAUAUUCUGCUGCAGUCCUGCUGCCAUCUAACACCUCAGACAUGAGGCACCCUUAGUGCUCAGAUUCUCAAGGGCCACACUUCCAGAAUUUUGAAGCAGAUAAGCUUAAACUUGAACCACUUUGCAAGGCACAGAGUGUAUUUUGCACCACUGGGUUAUUACUGCAAGAGUCCAGCAGGAUCUGCACUGUUCAUGGAUGGCAAUUUCAGACUCCAGAAGCAAUAAUUUCUUAGGAAUGUUUCUCUUCCUGCUGGUUAGGUGACUUUCAUAGAGAUUUAUUACCCAAAUAGCCUUCUAAUAACACAAAUCUGGUCAUUUGCUAGGCCUGGCAGUAAGCAGUUAGGGAAAGAUGCAGGUUGUGCAUCAUCAGAAAUGGAGGAAGCCAGCAAAUCCAACAGAGGUUGGUGCUUCUUGAGACACACAGUGUUUCUUUUCCCCUUUCACUUGGAGCCUUUUCCUAAACUCUGAAAUAUUCCCAGUGAAAUGGGUUGGAAAAGGAGGCAGCUGUGAUUUUAGCCUCACAGUUUCCUUGCCAAUGCUGGCACGUGGACCCCGUGAUGAAACAGGUUCGGGGGGAGGUUUUCCACAGAGGGAAGUGAGGGCUGAGCCUCUCUUGGUCUGGUCUGAAUCCCCUCAGCACUUGGGAUGAGAGUGACACCAGGGAUUAAUUACUGCCCAGUGCCUCAUUAAAACCUCAGUUCCAUGAUUACAAACACAUCCACCUGCCUUUACUUUGGGGUCAAGACAACCUCCAACAUCCACCAUUAAUUCCCAGGGCUACCAGUGGGGUCUUGCAGCCUCCUAGGAGGGUGGAGGUCACAUUUAUAAAUGAAAGUGGAGAAAGUCACAAUUUGCUCCUGGGAAAUCCCCUUCCCCAUCAGGGAGCUCAGGGGGGGAUCUUCCCUUCUGGAGACGAGGCACAAGGGCACAGAACUGUGGGGUUGGUGGUCACUCAAGUUGUCACUAAUUUUGUGUAGACCCUCAGGCAGGUUGGGCAAGGAAUUCCCUGCAAGGAAUUGUAGUAGUUGAGUCACUGAGAGUUGGGGUUUUGGGUGAGUGUGUGUCUGUACAGUGUGUGUGUGUAUUACACAUUUUUAUACACACUGCUUGGGCCAAAAAUAUCUUUGGUGGUUGUGUGCUCGUCCUCACUCAGCAAUGUUUUCAAACUGAGUUCUUCCAGGUCUCCCUCAUCCUUGUCUGAUGUGAGAGGAGCUCAGCUAUAAAUAUGUAUCCUAUCUAAAUAAGUAAACUCCUGCAUGAUAUUCCAAGCACAUGUAGCAGCUUCGGCAUCUGAAGUAUCUAUUGUGAAAGAGAAGUUGGGUUGAUUUGCAGCUGUUUUUGUCCUUGUUUUUCCCUCUUAACAGGCCAAAUAAAUGUAACAAACACCAAACGUUGCACAGAAAUGUUAUUAAUGGCUGCGUAGAAGAAAUACCAAAUUUUAUUUUUCUCUGCAGAAACUUUAUGGUGACAGAGAGUCCUCUAGCUGUUAAUCUUCCUUAAAUGACAAAUCUGAACCUUGGUGAAGUGUGUCGAAAAUGGUCAUUUAUUUUUUUUUUAAAAAAAGUGGAGCUACCCAAAGUUUUUCUGUUCCUCAUGUUGCAUCCAGAAGAAGCCACUGGCCAAGGGGAGCUGCAGAAGCUUUCAAAUCAACUGGAUUUUGUUUUCUAGGCUCUGCAGCCCAGACAAUUAGGAAAUUGUCUUAGAUAAUACCAGAAAGGCUCAAUUAAUUACUUUCAUAAUUUCACACUAACAUCUUCCCCAGGCAGCAAGCACUGCUUGUUAAGAUGUUUCAGUUUUUCCUGUAAAUUUAAAUUAAGAUCACCUCCUGGAAAACUGAUCUGGUUUGGUUCCUCAACCCAAGCAGCCCUGUGGCUCACCCAUCUUUAAACCUUCCCCCUCCCCAGGGAGCAUGGAGGGACCUCCCCCACCUCCCAGGAAGAGAGCAUCUGCUAAAACUAAAACCUUUCCAUGCCUUUAUGACCUGCAAAAGCUUUAGCAAAACCUCAGGAUCAAUUUGGGAUGCUCUAACAUGUUUUUUUUUUCCUUCAAAUUUGAAGUUGGGGGUGCAGCUCUAAGAAGUUGUCAACCAAAAGGCACCUUAUUUGAUCUGCACCUAUCCAAUCCUCAGCCACAGCCAAAUUGUAGUGACACCCACACGAAAAAAGACAAAAAAAACCCCAAACAAACAAAACCAAAACCCAGGAUUUUUCACUCAACACAUUGGCAGUUCUCAAGUUUUAUUUCUGAUGUAACAUGAACACUAAGCCCUUUUGGUAGCCAAAUGACCAGCUUGUUUUAAAUGCCUCGUAUUACUAGAAAGCUGCAUAUAGGCAUCUCAUAGCAGAAAAAAAAAGAAAAAAAAAGAAAAAAAAAAAAAAGAGAAUAUUUAGUUCCUUUGUGAACUGGCCAUAUGACAACUACUUUUUUAUCAACUUAUUAAGUUGGGGCACUAUAAUAGCUCUUGCUGAGUUUAGCAAUGUUUAUAAGCAUGUGUUAAACACAUAAUGUUAAGUUUUAUGAGGAAAAAGGGAUAAAGAAAAGUAAUGUCACAGGUGAAUGUCUGAGUGCGUAGAUGGCAUAAUGUAUGUAUGGUUUUUUUAUUUCUACACUGUUGAGCUUAUUUUCUGUGUUAAGGUUAAAGAAAAAGAGAUUUGUUGCAUGAGAACUGUUUUACCGUGUUCCGCACUUUCCGUUCUUUUUUUUUUUUUUUUGUAUAAUCUUGAUUUGUUUUUCAUUUAUGCCUAGAAAAGAAAAAAAAAUCAAUUUAGAAAUAUUCUACUCCAAGGAGACAUUGUGUUCUGAUCUGUCAUUCUGAAGUUCAAUCUUAAUAAACAUUUCAGUAAGA